AUGGAACAAUUGGCAGUCCAAUGUUGGCAGUCAGACUUUGAAAUGUAUAUAACCGCAAGUGGAAUAACGGAUUCAAAGCGAAAACGUGCACUCUUGCUAUAUCAAGCUGGACCGAGAGUUCGCGAGAUUUUUAAACAAAUUCCCGAGACAGGAACUGAUACGGACUACAAUAUCGCGAAGCAGAAAUUAAAGGCUUUAUACUUCGACCCUCAAAAGAAUCGGCGGUACGAAGUUUAUCGUUUUCGACAAACAACUCAAGAACACAAUGAGACAUUAGAUCAAUUUCACACUAGACUUAGAACAAUGUCAGAAACCUGUGAAUUCGCAGACGUUGAAUUUGAAAUCGAAGAACAAAUCAUUCUGGGCGGAAAUUCAUCGAAAAUACGAAAGCGAGUACUUCGUGAUCCUACAUUUGACUUAAAAUCAAUGCUUUUAGAAGGACGUCGUGACGAACAGAGCAAGUACCAAGCUCAACAAAUCGAAUCUAAAGAACAAACUGACGGUGAGGCUAAUAAAUUAGAACAAAAACCUAGUAACGGUACCCUGGGUGCCAGAGGUUCUUCCACGCUCGUAGGGGGGAUAAUGAGGGAUACAGGAGGAUUCAAGCUGGGAGGCGGCGAGCGGGAAGAACCUCUGGAACACUUCUAUGGCUUUUACUGUUUUAACUGUCACAUGUCAAUCAAACGUUAGCCAAUAGGACACGUAUUUAUUUUUGACUGAUGAUGAUUUGGGCGUGUUCAACCGAACAUUUGAGCGAUGAAAAUUGCGACAGAAUGUGUCAAUUUCAAAACAAAAAAUUAAAAUUAGCGAGUCUUUAUAUAGUCUCCUACGCUACCGUGGCUCAUUAGGGCCAUUCAUUAAUACACAACACUUUUUAAUAUGAUCGCCAGUUAUAACGCGCAAUCUCAACAUAUAUAGCGCAGUUGCGGCAGAUUGGCGCGAUCGCCAAUUAUAAUACGCGAUCGAAACUUAUGGCUCGCAAUAGCGAGUUAUAAAGCGCGAUCGCAACUUAUUACAUGUGAAUCGCGACUUAUAAUACGCGGUCGCGACUUAUAACAAGCAAUCGCGACUUAUGAUGUUUAAAUCGCUACUUAUAACACGCGGUCGCCACUGAUUAUGUGAAAUCGCGACUUAUAAUGCGUGAUCGUGACUUAUAACACGCGAUCGCGACUUAUUAUGUUUAAAUCGCUACUUAUAACACGCGGUCGCCACUUAUUAUAUGAAAUCGCGACUUAUAAUGCGCGAUCUCGACUUAUAACACGCGAUCGCGACUUAUUGAGGAUGAUUGCCGGGCGAUUAUAUAUUGCAAGUUGCAACAUGCAAUUAUGUAAAGCCUUAUUAAUUGCAUCCAAGAUGGAGGAAAACGACGAGAUUAUGGAUGACUUCCAGGAAGAAGACGUUGAACACGUAGGCGUUGGAAAGGUACAGCGUUAUUAGUUGUUAUCCAAAUUGAAUAUUUUCUAGUAUACGAAAUAGGAAUGCUUUCCUUUCUGACAUAGGUUCUAAAUUUCUUAAAAUCAAGAAGUGUAAGAGCAAGUGUGAUCAGUCGAUUUCGUACAGAAAAGGUAUGUACUGUACUGUAAUUAAACGGCUGUAAUUAAACACUGUAAUUAUUGAUUAGAAUAAUCCUGACCAAACCUUAUUCAUUAUUAUAUUAACCCCGAAGUUAUUAUUUUUAUUUACAAAUAUUUCACUACGCUAACCCGCCAAACUCUGAUUUUCAAAUAAAUGGUAACCCUUCAGUAAGUCUGAUUUUCAAGGGGCCGUUUCUAUUUACAAAUAUAUUCAUUCUAAAAAAUUACUAAAAAAUAUAUACACAAACAACACAAUCAUGCAAGUUUUAUUAGUCGAUAAUAUGCACAAGCCCACACUAUAUAUAUUUACUAUAUAUCUAUACACACUAUAUAUCUAUACCUGUAUACAGUGUGGAUUAUAACGGUCGGCAAUCGGCCAUUUGCUGAACAAAAACAACAAAUGGCCGAUCAACUUUAUUCUGGUCGGACAUUUUGACCGAUCAAAUAUAUACAAAGAUUCCAUUACUAAAAUUCGAUUACGAAGACCCAAUCAAAGUGCUCGGAGGCCGUACGCUUCCCGAAGACCCAGAACGGAUGAAGAAGAAUCGGAAAGUGAACUAUCUUUUUCACUAAGUGACUGGGAUACUUGGUUUGGCAACAGUGAUGAGUCAGACGAAUGAAUUCAAACGAUAUAAUCGAACAUUAAAUUCUUAAAAGUAGAACCUGUUGUGUUUAUGCACAGUACUUUACACAAAGACGUUUAUAUUCCAGCCGUUAUGUUCUAUCUCCUAUAUAAAGAGUUAAGAUUGACCAUUUUACUUAUGCAUACACUUAGGCCUCUUUUACUGUACACAAGCAAAUUUUCUUUGCUAAGGUUAGCUGUCAAGCUGUGACAAGUUUUAUUUGCCUGUGUGUAUGGAGAAAUGUUGCAAGUACGUUUUUCUUUGACAAGUUUAUUUGUUGCCAUAUAUUUCUCCAUCACACACCGGCAAAUAAAACUUGUUAAUUAAAGUAAAACUUGGCAAAGAAAAUUUGCUCGUAUAGACGAUCUAGGCUUUAAGGCCUAUACCGUCACCGAUCGGCGAGGAACUCUGCUCCUGAUUUAAAUUUUCUACCAUGUUUUGUAGCGAAAUGUUCUAAUAUAACAAAUUAACAGUUUUAUUAAGAUUUAAAUCUCGCGCCGGCGCCGCGUCCUCGAAUCGAGUGUGGUGUGUCCGUGUGUGGCAGCGUACAUUUGUUCUAACUUUGUAGGUUUCUAUAUAG